GGGAAAUGCAUCUGUUUGUUUACGUUUCGGGUUAAAAUGACUUCCUCUGAAUCAGUGCAACCUGAUCGACCUCAUUCUCUCAUUAUCCGAGGCAAGAUGAAGCUACGAGCUCUCACUUCGACGCUUUUCGCAACACUGGUCUUAUGGACAGCUUGUACCAACGCAACCAUCGAUCAUGACAAAGUUCUGCCCUUUCCUCAACCCGAGCCGGUCACGAUCUCUGAAAAAGCAGCCAUCACGUUCCAACCGCAAUUAUAUAUUCCUGAAGGCGUGUGCGUAUCGUACCCUGCUGUGAAUGCUGCAGGUGAGACCAUCGGUGGACUCAAGGGUUCGAAUGGCAACGACGCGUGCAUGUACGCUCCUCUUGGCUCUCAAGUUUACGGUCGAGCUCGCUGGUUCAAAGAUCUUUGGGCCAAUCCCGAUCUGGAGAUGCCUAAGAUCGUCGGAGUCUCCAUGUCCGAGUCCGACACAAAGUACAACAAGCGGCUCAAACUGUUUGCAUCCGAUUUUGCUGGUUUCCAAACGAUGGGCCGGAGGCGCUAUCGUACUUACAUCUAUGGAUCCAACACCUCUCUCCGAUUCCAAUACGGAACGACCCUUGGACAUUCAUAUUUGACCUUUUCCCGUUGGGAUGGCGACUACCAGGGCCUGAUCAUGUGGGAACAACUCACUGAUGAGGCUCGUGCUGCUUUAAAUGACGGCAACAAUUUUGAGAAAGCGGAGGUGCCGUUCAGUGACGAGCAUUACGAGGACCACCUAGACGAGGCGUGGCCACUUUAACCCUGAACUGCGAUUUACACCAGGCUCUCUAAAGAAGUAUCUUUGUUUGUACUGGAAACCGACUAAAAGGACACUUUAAAGAACUAAAAACACAGAUAAAAGCAAGCAUUUUCACUGAACAUUUACAAAAUUGCGAAAAUAUGUCUUCCACCAAUGACAGGCGUUGCACUUAACCAGAAUGACCAGAAUA